GGCGGCGGGCUUGGCGGAUGCUGGCGGCAGCCGUGGGAGGGGACGGCUCCGGGAGUGGUGGCGGCGGCGCCGCGGCCGGGCGCUCGUUGAGCGGCGCGGCGCGGUCGGGUCCUCCCUGCUUGUGAUGGGCGGAUGGAGUCGCGCUGAUUAUCCCGGAAGCCAUUGCAGGGGGAGGAGGAGGAGGUGGUGCUGGUGUGGAGAGCCCGGGCCUGCUGCUGCUGCUGCUGCCAGCGGUGGCCGCCGUCCCCAGACCGGAGGAGUUUCCUGCUGCCUCCGCUCAGGUACCUGUGCCUGUGUGGGGAGAGCGAGAAAUCUGGGAUCGGUUUAUCUCUCUCCCCUCCCGCUCCCAGUUCGGCUCCAUUCCAUCAGGCUCUGCCAUUCCUGGCUUACAGAUAACGGGUUUUCUCUCAAAAAACCCGGGGAGGGAUGAUACACUCUUUUCGGAAACCAACCCGGCCGGGGGGAGCUGUCUGCAAGACGCUGCUAACCUCUGAGGGGUUUUCCCGCCCCAUGGACGGAUGGGCGGUUGACACGUCUCCAGUUUGUCCCGAUAGGUAAAUUAGCAAAAGGAAGGAACAGCAAAAAAACAAAAAAAAACUAUGAAUAAAGGGCAGCAGGACCCACUGAAAGCAGUGGCCCCAAAUGGCUGUCGGGAGGGGUGUGUGCUUGCUUUGAUUCCCCACCAACACUUUCCCGAGUGGAAAACGAGUCUUGUCCCUUGUGUCUCCUACCCAACUAUAAACAACCCUCUAUUGUGCAUUGUUAUGUGUUUGCAGAGGGCAUGUUGAUUUUUUAAUGAAAAACCCUAUUUGCCUUUAUUUUAAUUUAUAUAUUAUUUAAAAUGCAAAUGAGCACAGUGUUUUAUAGGGUAAUUUAAUCAGCACACCUCCUUCCUUGCCCUAUGGAGCAGGGGAGGAGGAGACAAGGAAAACUGCACAGUUGUGCUCACCUUUUUAGUUGUAGGUGACUUCUGAGGGAGAAGUGAAUGGGUUCUAAGUGCUUAGAAGUUAACCCAGCCAUCUUUCUUUUUUUGGAACAGAUUUCCUAUAAAUUGACCAAAUACAGAUAAUCGUCUUACUAAAAGUGUUUGUACAAAGGAGCAUGGCAAACUAAGCCACAGUGGCCACAUAUGGGGUAGUGUAGUAAAUCAUUAGAAUCAGUUACAUGUGUGUUACAGCUGUGUUGGCCUGGUGUAGUCGAAACAAAAUUUUAAAAAAUCCUUCCAGUAGCACCUUAAAGACCAACUAAAUUUGUCAUUGGUAUGAGCUUUCGUGUGCAUGCACGCUUCUUCACACGAAAGCUCAUACCAAUGACAAACUUACCGUAGUUGGUCUCUAAGGUGCUACUGCAAAGAAUUUUUUAUUUUGAUUAGAAUCAGUAUUUGCUAGUGCUGAAUGAUACUUAUAUAGUUUUGAAACAUUUUUCCUAGUAUUGUGUCACAAGAGAUUUUGUUAGUGCUGUAAGGAUAUCCUUUUAGAGAAAUGAGUUUAUUCUAAUUACUGUUAUAGCCCCCAUUCUUUACUCCACCUCCCUAAAGUUGUUGCUGCUAUUUUCAAGUGCUUUGAGAAUAAACACGUAAAGAAUUAAGUGUGGCGAGAUGGUUUUUUUAGUAGCAGUUUUAGUCCAGGUACAAAAAGCAUUUAUAUGUUGUUCUUCUGAAAUAGGUGGAGUGGACAGAGAAAACAUUGGAAGGGAGAGGAAAAAGUAUUCAGUGAAGAAUGAAAAGAAAGAGUGAAGAUAGUCCAAGUCCCAAGAGACAGCGUCUUUCUCAUUCAGUGUUUGACUAUACAGCAGCAUCACCAGCCCCAUCACCACCAAUGCGACCAUGGGAGAUGACAUCAAAUAGGCAGCCUCCUUCAGCUCGACCAAGCCAACAUCACUUCUCAGGGGAACGCUGCAACACACCUGCACGCAACAGAAGGAGCCCUCCCGUUAGACGCCAGAGAGCAAGAAGAGAUCGAUUAUCUCGACAUAAUUCCAUUAGUCAAGAUGAGAACUACCAUCUCCCCUACGGACAACAAGCAAUAGAAGAACCCCGAGCCUUCCACCCUCCGAAUGUAUCUCCCCGUAUGUUGCACCCAGCUGCUCAUCCACCACAGCAAAACGCAGUGAUGGUUGACAUUCAUGAACAGAUCCACCAGGGCACAGUCCCUGUUUCAUACACGGUGACCACGGUGGCACCACAUGGGAUUCCACUUUGCACAGGUCAGCACAUACCAGCUUGCAACACACAGCAGGUCCCUGGGUGUUCCGUGGUUUUCAGUGGACAGCAUCUUCCUGUCUGCAGUGUGCCUCCCCCAAUGCUUCAGGCAUGUUCUGUUCAACACUUACCAGUUCCAUACGCGGCAUUCCCACCUCUCAUUUCUAGUGAUCCGUUUCUUUUGCAUCCUCCACACCUCUCCCCACAUCAUGCUCCACACCUGCCACCUCCAGGCCAGUUCGUUCCCUUUCAGACACAACAGUCUCGGUCGCCUCUUCAAAGGAUAGAGAAUGAAGUAGAGUUGCUUGGAGACCAUCUUCCUGUAGGAGGUUUCACCUAUCCGCCUUCAGCCCACCCACCAACAUUGCCUCCCUCAGCCCCACUGCAGUUCUUAACGCAUGACCCUUUGCACCAAGAGGUGUCCUUUGGAAUACCUUACCCGCCUUUCAUGCCUCGAAGACUCACAGGACGCAGCAGAUAUCGAUCUCAACAGCCAAUACCGCCACCUCCUUACCAUCCCAGCCUAUUGCCAUAUGUGCUAUCAAUGCUUCCAGUGCCACCCGCAGUUGGCCCAGCCUUCAGUUUUGAGCUGGAUGUAGAAGACGGCGAGGUGGAAAACUAUGAGGCACUGCUGAACUUGGCCGAAAGACUGGGAGAGGCCAAACCGAGAGGACUGACAAAAGCAGAUAUUGAACAACUUCCAUCUUACAGAUUCAACCCAAAUAACCAUCAGUCAGAACAGACUCUGUGUGUGGUGUGCAUGUGUGACUUUGAAUCAAGGCAACUACUUAGAGUUUUACCAUGUAACCAUGAGUUCCAUGCCAAGUGUGUCGAUAAAUGGCUUAAGGCAAAUCGUACUUGCCCCAUCUGCAGAGCUGAUGCUUCGGAAGUCCACCGUGACUCAGAAUGACCAGUCUAAGAGCACAAUUCUACUUUGGGUGUUCCUAGUCACAUGUGUAUAUAUAUAUAUGAACUCUCCAUUGAACUUAACCCGUGUGGCUUCCAGCCUUCCCUUUACACAAAAGGGUCAAUGGACCUUUCUUUGCACUGUGUGAUUUAAUCAACUAUAAAGCUUAUAAUUAGUCUUCACAAUUAUGGGAUUGUUAUACUAACUGUGUGAUUGGAACUCCAAAGACUUUUUUUUUCUUUUAGCUUAAUUUCGUGUGUGCACUAACAUUCCCUGGUUUUUGUGUGAUCAUUCCGAGUGUUGCUGCGAGAUUACAGUGGAACGUGAUCUUCUAGCAUGUGCUUUUAUAUUAAAAAAAAAAGUGGUAGCUCCAAACAAUAUAGCAAUCUACCUUAUAUAGAGCCUUCAGAUACUGUGAGUGGGAAUAAACGGUGCGGGUGGGUGCGUUGAUCGCAGGGUGUUUGUGUGUAUGUGGGCGAGCAAGUGUUUGGGCGGUAGUGUGUGAGAGGACUUAUAUACCAGCAUGUACUGAGGAUGUAUGUGUGUAGUAUUAAUUAUGCUGCAAUGUAUAAUCUUGUGUGUUAUUUAAACAGUACUAGUACUGUACACUGGUUUCUUUCCUUGCGUUUGCAGUUGCACACUGAAUGCUAUAAGGGUGCAGCAGUUAUAGACAUUUGAUAUUUCAUCCCCGCCCCCUUCCAAUUGUAUUUAAUAGUACAAAAAGGCCUUUUUGCUUUUAUUCAGACAACAAUUAUGCUUCCCUUUAAUUGGAGAUCCUUUGUCUGUCAUUAUACAGCAUAUUGCUUCCUCAGUUACUACGAAUAACAAAUUAGCCUUUUUCUUUUUCUUUUUUUAAGGCUACGAGAAUUUUCCAAGUUUUUUUUAGAUAUGCAGCUCACUGCUAAAUUUAUAAUGCGUUGCAGCAUUGCACAGCCAGGUAGCAAUAUUAAAAAUUUCUCAACUGGUGAUUGAAAGUUGAUGCUGUCCUCUCUUAAUUUUCUAAAAACUCUUCCAAGUCAACAUUGGUUCUUUUUCUGUUCACUUUCAAAACUGGAUUUUUUAUUUGAGAUACUAAGAUAUCAUUUUGUUCAUUUUCCAGUUUUGUCCAUAGAUACAGAAAUGGAGAGGAUGUUGGAGUCUUGUGCAAAUGCUUCAUGUAUUGUUGGCAAUAUACUUGCUUAAAUCCCAGUUUAGCUUACAAACACUGGCACUAAGUUACAUUCCUUGCCAUACGCAAGCAAACAUGUACAAUUAAAAUAACUUUAAAGGUAUCCAUCUCUCUCUUUUUUCUUUUUAAAAGCCUCAGUCUCAUGAACAAAAUGAAAUCCUUAGCACUUUCUUCAAGACAGUACAAUCGUACCUUGGAUCUCAAAUGCCUUGCGACUCAAACGUUUUGGCUCCCGAAUGCCAUAAACACGGAAGUGAGUGUUCUGGUUUGUGAAUGUUCUUUGGAAGCCAAACGUCCAACGCAGCUUCCACAGCUUCCGAUUGGUUGCAGGAAGCUCCUGCAGCCAAUCGGAAGCCGCGCUUUGAUUGUCAAAUGUUUUCGGAAGUCAAAUGGACUUCCGAAACAGAUUCUGUUUGACAACCAAGGUACAACUGUAUAUGAUUUUUACCCCCCCCUAGCCAUGGUACCGUGUUCAUAUUUUACUGCCUGGCAAAAAAUGUCACAGGAUACAAUUUCUUGCUUGCUACAUUUACUUGGUGGCAGGCUGCUGUGUGGCGUUGAGACAUCCUCAGUGUCCUAUAGUAGUAUGAGGAAUAUUCAUGUUCAAUAAUGGGCUGAUACACAAAAUCAAGGAAACAAACAAACAAAAUGCUGUGAAUUUGGAGUUGACCUCCUUUCAACUGCCUUCUGAAUAAUUUUGUAUUGGGGGAAAAUUGGCUUUGCUUAACAUUUAUUUCAGACUUGGCAUUUUUAAACUUUCUUUUUCAAUACACAACAUGGCUACCGUAGUUCUCCCAAGAGCUGCACAUUUCUUUGUGGAUCCUUUGCGUUUCUCUUGCAUUCUGUGUGCCAUAGUUUGUGGUCGCAACAGCACAAGCGCCACAGCUAGCAAUAUUGCUGCAACCUGCUGCCAGUUGGCUUUUGUUUGUGCCCUUUUUGAUGCUUUUGUUUUUGUAUGCUGCUAUGUGUUAAGUCUGUUAAGUCCAGGAACGGUGUUGGUUGUAAAUCACCCUUCUUUCCGAAGGCUCUGCUGACCAAUCGCAGCUUGUGGUUUUGCAAAACUAAAAGCACAAUCCCCUCCACUUUGUUUCAGAUACUGUACUGUUUGCCUCGGUUUAGUAGCUAGGCACCUUAGUCUGUCCAUAGUGUCAAGAAAUCAAUGUUAACGAAGCAAAUGGAACAGUUUGACAUACUGUGUAUGACAGCUUUACAAUUAUUAGUUUCCCCCUCAGUGUGUGCUAUGAGGAAUCGCCGGAACAUGUCAGAAAGGUUAAAUUGCACAUAGUAAACUUUAUUUUUUUAAGCAAACAAAAAUCAUGGGUUGGGAGGUUGGGGACAAGCAUUGCCACACAUGUUUUACAAUACUUUGGGGUCUUUUUUUAUAUUGCUGGACAAAAAAGAUUUUUACCUGUACAAAUCGAAUCAUAACACUACCCCACUCUGUGUCCACGGUCAAAGCAUAGAAAUAAGGCACUUUCUCUGUAACAGACUAACAAGGCACAUAAACACUAAUUCUGAGAAGGGGGGACUUGGGCGCUGAAUCUGGAUCAAUAUUCCAGUGGGGCAUCUUGUCCCUUGAUUCCCAGUUUCAUUUGAGCGAGGCUGUUGGCGAAGGGAUAGGGCUGCAGUAGGGACUACUCUUGUAGUAUACUGAACUUAAUUAUUGCACUCCUGUGGCUGAUCUCUUCUUUGAAUGACUUUUGUUUGCAUGGGACUCUUGCAGAUGUGUGCAGAUAUGCUUCCUGUGGUUAAGUGUCUGUAAGACACACAUAUGCAUGUGUUCUCAACCAGCUCUGGCCGGCUGCAGGGGAGUUCUUAACCCAUUGCUCCCGGCAGAAGAGAAGAGGAUUCAUGCUCAGCCGUUAACUGCCAUGCAUAACGCACCAUUUGUGUGUGUCUAAUUCCACAGCCCUCAGUGGUGCCUGACAGCACCGAAUUAUUUUGGGUAGCCUCUGUCCCCUUAUCCCUACCUCUCCCACUAAAGGAAGAAAAGAAAAGUUGGCUUUAUCAUGUUGGCACUGCUGGGGUUUUAUUUGCAUGAAUUGUCAACUUAAUUUAACCUUCUGUCUUUUUAAAAACAAUAAAAAAAAUGGGUAUAAAGGCCUUAUGGAUCUCUCUAAGGUCUCACUUUGUGGCUUUCUUUACAGAUUUAUUUUGUGUAAAGUAAUUUCUUUUGUAUAGAGUUUUGUACAGUCUCCAGAAUGUGAUAUUUGUCGCCGCUGUUAACAUUUACACCUCUUGUAAUAUUUGGGAUUUACCAACUCCUUUUAUUUUGCUUUCCAAAAAAACACCUUGCAAUCUUGGUUACUAUUAAAUGGCCUGAGAGAGCUGUGGAUCUCUCACCUUCUCUCCCUUCUUUGGUACCUUCAGUUACCUCAUUUUGCUAUUUUGUGUUGCAAACCUGCUAAUGAUUAUGAAAGCUUAUGGGUUUUGUUAGAAUCAUAUUUGUCAAGUGUUUUCUUCAAAAAAAUCAUACUCCAUUGUAUCAUUUAACAUGUAGUUUUAAAUGUAUUAUAAAUAUCUGUAACCAAAUCAUUUGAAGGCUUGAUAAAUUUUUAACAAAAUUUGUACAUUUUUUAUGAGAGUUACUAGUAAUGCUUUACUAAGUAGUGCAAUGAAUUUUUAUUUUUAAUCCCUGUGCCCAAUUUUGGAGUUGAGAGGGUUGUUCAGUAAUAAAUGUAUGAUGUACACUUAUACAACUUUGUGUUGCUUCUUCUCACUCAAGUACCGUGUUGGUUCUCUGUAGCUACUGGUCAUGGUUUAAGCACAGAAUAUGAAAUUCUGUUAAAUUACAUGAUUCCAAAUGGAAGCAGGUAUGGAAACCCCAUUAACAUUUGCCUCUGAUUUAUAAAUUACAUAUCAGGGGAAACAUUAACACAAACUUUUAAAAGUCCCAGUUAAGAUGGGGCUACCCAAAUUGUACACAGUAUUUGAAAGGCAGCCACACCAUAUUUUUUUACAGAGGCAUGAUACCAGCUGUUUAUUUUUUUCAUUGCUUUCCUUAUUCCAAACACUGAAUUUGCCAUUCAUUGCCACAGCACACUGAGACCAUGUUUUCAUUGUGCUUUGCACUGAAAAUGGUCAAAGUAGAAAGCAUAGAAAAAGAAAGAAAUAAAAAAAAUCUCGUCCAGUAGUAAGCUAGAACAUGAGAAGUUAUAUUUUUUGCUGGUGUGUGUUUGCUGCACGUAGAAAGCCUAUCUGGUUGGCACUUCAAAGUACAAAGUACAGUUCAGACUUAUUGCACCUCACCCUGAUAUAACAGGUAGAAUGGCUUUAGCCAGUGUGAAAUAUCUGCUGGGGGCAGAAGCAGAGAUACCAUCUCACUGUAUCGGGCAAUGAUUCUGAAUGAAGAAAACCUCUACAGUAUAUAUGGCCGAGAAGUAUUGCCAAUAGUGUAUGUGGUUAAUGUGUACAGGGAUACACUUAGGUUUUGUGUGUCAUGCUACUGCCCUUACAUUUAGGGUUGUAAUUGUGUUCUCAAAAAGCAACCUUGAGUUGCAUGUGCUUGAACAUGUACAGAGCUGGGUUUCAAUGUUUUAAAAUCUUUGCUCCUUGGAGAAUGGGCAGGGUGCUCAGAGUCAGGGUGUUCUCUUAACAUUCUUCCCUGUCUGCGUGCCCAGGGCCUUUUGGCAAAGGGAAGCCUCUCUCAACAAUCCUUUCACCAUCCGCUCUAGCUUUCCUACAUUAUCACACGGUGUGAAGGGACUGAAUCUUGCUGGCCUCAUUUCAAUGUGGGUCUGGCCAAUCCCCACUGCAAGAUCUUGGGAAGCUAGCCAUAUCCUUAAACCCAGAGGGCAAGGAUCAAGUAUGGUUUCCUUUUUCAAAAAGCACUAAAAGUAGAAAUUGUAGAAAGAUGUCGACAGGUUUUUCUGAGCACUUGGGGUCAAAAGAAAGUAGUUUGAAACAACCGUUUGUUGAGGCAUUUCAUUCCGAAUCUACUAGACAGAGCCAAAUAGAGGAUGACAGGUGGGUGUCCUGCCCUUCUAACAUAAAUCCUGGCUAUGUCCAUGCUUUCACUCUACAAUGCUAUGAUCCAGCUGGUGG